AUAACAGUCAGUUGGUUGAAGAGUACGGAGUAACCUUAUCUGACGUCACUUAAUGUUAGGAGGCAGUUGGCAUUAUUAAACCUGUGCUUUAUUAAACAGGAAAUUCGGCCACAAGAAGCCAGUUGUAACCCAGUAAAAUAUUUAAAGAUAGAACAUUGUUUAGGUAGAUCGAAUCGUCCACCAGCCACUCUCUUACCGCUAGCUAUAUUUCUUGUCGAAAAGAAUGUUAUCCGCAUUCUAUUUCGUGUUUCUAGUGUUGAUUCUUGUUGAUCAGAGUUAAUGUUAUAACGUUGUAAAAGACAACAACCACUUUGUAAAAUCGUGUUCAUUGCGUUCUUGUUAAAUUCUGUGUAUAGCAUCUGUCUCCUAGCAACCUACUGGAACACGAGUGUGCCCACCAGGAAAUCUAUGUGUUUAUAAAAGUGCCAGCAAAGAUAUCUGCCAACAAGAUUAAUUUCUGUUUUCGUAGAAAUGGGGGAAAAUUUAUAUGUAUAAAUGUCAGUUUAAUCAUUGUUUUUUCUAAAGAUGCACGGUAAGCGGUGAAAGGUCUAACUAUAAAAAAUAGGAGCCAUAAUGGGAAAUAGCUUUUUACCACACAGUAUUUAUGUGUUUGCGGUAUUUGUUUUGUGCUAUAGAAAGAAUAUCAUCACCUGUGAUAAAGUAAAAAUUUCCCCGGUGCACGUUUUUUCACCACAUAAAAACAGCUUUUACAAUAAUAAUACAACUAGGUUUCCGUUCAUGUUUUGGUCUUUCCCUGUAUUUAAUCCCAACGAAAGAAUAAUCAACGAAGUUCGGCAAACGUCCACAUCUAGCGUUUUGAAACAGGCGUUUAUCACACAGCCCAAGGUGACGGGGAAACCUGAACUACCAAUAAUAGGGUACAAAGAAGUACAACAGGCAGAAGUAGGUGGUUGGUGUCUUAACGAUUUGGAUUGUAAAUCUUCAAAGGUCACGUGUGUUAGAGGAAUCUGUCAGUGCAUUGUGGAGUAUCCUGUUGUUGUUACUAUAAGCUCAGAGAAGGAAUGUAUGGCAGAAAGGGAUCUCGGCGAAGCGUGUUCCCACAACCAACAAUGCAGGACGCCUAACGCCGAAUGUAGAAAUAAUCGUUGCGAGUGCAAACCUGAACACGAUUCGCAAGUGGACGACUAUGGAGUUCGAAAGUGCUACCAAAGAGCUAAUUUUGAUGAAUCCUGCCAGUACGAUGUACAGUGUGAAUGGAUGUCGGGUGGUGAUGCGCCGUUAGUUUGUAUGUUUGGCAAAUGUGCAUGCCUGAAUAACUAUGUGUUCGUUCGACGGUCGCACCUCAAGCUUGGUUGUUAUAUGAAAGCCACUCUCUUCGGAAGUUGCGAGGUGUCCGAGCAGUGUACCAUGGCUAACACCCUCUGUUCUGCUAACGGCAAGUGCGUGUGUGAGUACGGAUAUCACUACCGCAACAGAGAAGGUUGUGUACAGAAUGACCUGGAGUCUACUAAAGCAAAGGAAGUCUACACUGCAGCCAUGAUAGCCGCAGCCUGCCUCAUGGUCGCAGUGUUAGGUAUAUUGUUAACUUGCAUAAUCCGACGAUCCUUUUGUACUCGAAGAAAUGGCACUAGAAGGAACGGACAAGAUUCUAGUCGAUCUAAUGAUGUAUUUACUAUUAGUGAUGAACUAGGAGCAUUAAGAGCUGUUGAUAAACCCCCAACUUACGAAGAAGUUAUGCAACGAGAGAGGGAGAUUGUUGGAAUCCCUCCACCUGAAUACACAGAUGCAGAAAUUCAUCGUUCUUUUUCUCCAGUUCCUCGUCUAUCUGGCAAUGUGUUUACCCUGAGAAAUACCUCAGAUAUCCUUCAUUCGGGUGACCCCGAGGGUGCAGAAUUUAUUUCUUUUUUAAUAGGAUCCAGUCAUCAGCCAAGUUUUGGAGCCACAAUUCAACUGUCGCCGUCCCCAUCUGAAAGUGUAGAUACGCAAUGCCAAGAACAUGCCAACUCACCUCCUAAUGUUAAAGAUGACAGUAACAAUAGUGUUACAAUGAUUGAUGAAGGUGCUGCGUCACUGCCAUCUACCAGCUCUGAAGGAUACUACGAUAAUCCUACAUUCCACCCAGAUUGAUACAGAUUUAAUGAAAAAAAAUAGAAAAGAAAUAUUGAACAAUGUUUAUGUGUAAUGUUUGUGCCUUAACCUUUUCACAUUUAAACAGCAAAAUCAUGCUUGUUAAUUUUUUUUGUCUGUUUAACAGAUGACAUGUUUAUUGACACUGAAAACGUAUUGUGAUUUAUAUGUAAAUGCAAAAGAUUAAUUUAGUUUUCCAUUAAUUUUCACUUGCUAUAAAGUGAAAAUAGUUUCACUAAUGAUUUUUCAAUACAUUGAUUCAAAUAUAGAAAGAUAAUAUUAAAAAAGGUAUUUUCAACUCAUAAAAUUAAAUGCAUCAACAUACUUAGUUUUACAAAAAUAUUCAUAAACUGUUGAACUUAAACAUCAGACCAUUAGCACUAACCGCUAAUCAACUGUUUAACCCCAUUUUAAACCAGAAAUUCAAUUCAAAUGUAAUACGUGUUUAUUCCAAAUUAUGGUCACAUAGAUUUUUCCAUAAUUAAUUGAAAACUUUGCUUAUCUUUCACUGUUUUUUAAAUAUUGUCUUUCAACGAAAGUUUCUAAUCCCUGUAUUUUAUUGAUACGCUAUUAUAGUUUUAAGAUAAUGUAAAACAUAACACCCUGUACAAAAUAAUUUUCUUUAAGCACUGUAAUCAAAUGGUAAGUUUCAUUGAAAUACCUCGCAAGUUGGCUUAAUAUACAUACUUACAAACGUUAGUGUUUCUUGUGGUUGUUACGAAGCGCUAAUCCAGUCAAAAAUUUCUUCCAACCUCUUUAUAAUUUAACAUAAUAUUUCAUCACGUUCUUCGUUUAUGCUUAGCGAUAUCUAGUUCAAAAAAUAUGUUUUGUAAUACAUUUCUUAUUAAUAUAAAUAAUUAAACUGAGAGAUAUGUUAGCUGAAAUAAUUUACUGCAUUCGUAUGACGAUUAAUGUUUUACGGUUUGUUCAUUAAACAGUAAUGGUGUUUAAAUCUAAAAGUGGAGUAUGAUAUGAACAUACAUCAAGUGCCUAGUCAGUGUAUGUGAUGACGUAAACGCGGUCCUGAUAGAGAGCUCGAGAGAUGGUAUAGUAUUAUUUGCAUACUCUCAAAACCCAUUAUCAAAACACCACAUCAGCAAAAAAGACAAAAUAUAGUCUAAUACCACAGACCAGGAGGAUUAAAACAAUAGCACUGUCACAUGGAACAAUUACCUAAACCUCUAUUUAAGGUAACAAUGCUAUUGUUAAGAUAAAUCAUUACAAUUCCUGGCUUAAAAUAACUUAAGUUUCUUGUUGAAUGAAUACUUUCUAGUCUAAGUGAUGCUUGUAGGUACCGAAUAAAGGAUACAACGGUGGGAUUGUUUUUUAAAAAACAAAAAUAAUUUUUCUCUCCAUCACUUAAAGAGUUUUGAAGGUCAGAUAGUUCUGUGUGUUGAAAUUAAUUUAAAUGCAUUUGUGUUUUGUACAUCGUUCAUGUUAAAUAUGGUAUAAUAGAUUAGAUUUAUGAAAAUUAUUUUAUAAUAGGUUAUUGAUUUACAAAUGUCCGUAUUACAAUACUAAAUCGUUAUAUUUUUGUAUAUAUAUUAUGUCUUGAAUAUAAUGCUAAAGAAUAUUACCGGUCUUCAAUAACAUAUCUUAAAAGUAACUCCAACAAUGUUUGUUAUAAGACCAUAAUAUUAUGUUUUGAAUGUAAUGCUAAAUAAUAUUACUGCUCUUCACUAACAUAUAUUAAAGAUAACUCCAACAAUGCUUAUUAUAAGGCUAUAAUUUCUGCACCAUAUAUUGUUACUAUUCCAACAGAUGUUUCUCCUCACGCUGUUUACAGUUUCAUUGUAACCCUAAUCACAGGAAAGAAAAGUGAAACCAAAUCUAAGUACAGUUAAUUACCAGUUUACCUGUUUCUCGAUUAUCAGAAAUUUAAUUUGCUAAUUUGAACAUUAUCAAGAUUUAAAAUAGCAUCAUACUAUAGAUAACAGGCUUUGGUACAAUAUUUUAGUGGUGUCUGUACUUACUAUUUAAAAUUUUUUGUUUGUUUUUUAAUUUAGACUUACCUCUUUAGAGAAGAUGAGUUUAAACAAAGCAAUUACGCUAUAAUUUAUUCAAAAUAAUUAAUAUUGCAAUCAUGUUAGUCACAAUCGUCUACAUUUUAAUCAAUGGUGUGGUUUUAUAUCAGUGUUUGCGUUUUAAUAAAUACUAAUUUUCUAUUAUUUUGAUGGGAUCAAUCCAAAAGUAAAUUCACGAGCAAGAAAACUUAAUUCAAUCAUUAUAAAUGAAAAAAUAUAUGAGUAAUUUACGUGAUUGGACACCGUAAUAGAUAUGUUUAUUACUUUCAAGGCGACGCUUGGAUAGUUUCUACUUUGGUCAUAAUCAGGCUUAGAUUUUAAAAUGGACGAAUAUGAACCUACACGAAGUUGUGUACUAAUCACGUGAUGCGACAACAAUAUAUAAUAUGUUAUAGUAUUGUUAGUCAAAGCAUAGUGAUUGUAACUAAGGUAGAAGAAACACCUAAAACGAUGGUAAAGUCAAGGCUUUAACAAUCACAUUACUGCUUAUAUAAAAUAAUUGAUAAGAAGAGAUAGGCAGGGUUAAAAAACAUGGAAAAGGGAUAGAGGACGAAAGACGAUUGUGAUAUUUGUAUAAAAUAGGGUAGUUAUUUUUUAUGAAGAAACUUUCUCUUAUUAGGAGUCCUAACUCUGUUUUAUCACUACUUAGAAUUGUGGAUCUGAGUGAGAGAUCUGAUGUCCACUUCGGAUUGUUGAAAUAAAUAGACUUGAAAGUGCAUUUCCGGUCUUGAAGCGCACCCCAAGAUGUUUAGAUGUACAAAGGGAAAACUGGCGCUUAAUUUUCCCAUUUUAAGCCCGAUUGUCUUCAUAGUAUAAUGGUUAAAACAACGGAUACUUAUGUUGAAUAUAAUAAAUUUAUAUAUAUAUUUAUUUAUUUGUCUUCACCAAAACGUGAAUUUCAGUGAAGAAAAGGUGAGUGAAAGAAAGAGAAAUUGUAAACAAAUCUAUUACGGUGUUUUAUCACGUAAAUUAAUUAUAUUUUUACUGAAUACAGUUUUUCACCCUUUAAUGCCCUUCAGUAGAUCAGCAGUAAGUUUGAAGGCUUAUAACUCUAAAAACCGGGUUUCAAUACCUCUGGUGGGCACAACACAGAUAGCCCAUUGUGUAGCUUUGUGCUUAACAAUAAACAAACACCCUUUAAUAAUGAAAUUAAGGUUUCUUUCUAGUGAAUCUAUUGCAAAUAUACUAACGCAAUGAUAUGAUUGGAAUUUGUUACCGGUGGACCUGCCUGUCUGGUCCAGAUGGUGUACCGGUAAGAAUUUUAGUGCCGGUAUGGCGUACCAACAAAUCAUUUUGUCAAGGUCAUUCUAUGUUUCGACUUAUCAAAACGUUUUUAGCUGAUAUUGUUGGGUAUAAUGUUAUAUUGUUGUAUAAAAAUAUUGCGCUUCAGACUCUACUCCCAAUCAGGUGGGACACAUUGCACGUGAAUCAGGCUGACACAGUUGGUGAUCACCAUGGCAACCGCCUGGGUGGUUGAUCAGUACUAAUUUUGUAAUUUCCCCGAAAUGGAGCCAAAGGUCGCCUGGAGGAGUCAUCUGCUUUAACCAUUCGCACUACGAAAUAGUAGUGUGUUGUCAGUCAGUCAGUAGACACUAAAGGGACGCUUAACGUUGCAGUUUGUACUAUCGUGACGUCAGUAAAACAUGCGCAUGCCAUAAAUCACGAGAAUAAUUAUGCACUCUGUAGGCUACAACACAGCAUGACAUAUGAACUUGAAAAGCAAGAAAUAAAAAUAUUUGUUAAACUUAAUUUUGGUUUUAUUUAUUGUUCUAGUUGCACUUUGUAUAUAUGGUAAUGCUACUGAGACUACAUACCGUCAUUCCAAAUUUUGAACUACUAACCAGAGGGAAAGCAACCAAUCAGCAGCACUCUAUCACCCACCAUUCACGUUAUGUGAUUAACUAUCACUCUCAUAACGCACCCACAGCUUAUUAAAGUGUGGGAAAUAUUUAGUGAUAUAGGACGGAUUCGAUCCCGGCUCACAAUGUGCCACCACAGAGCCUACCCAUUCGUCGAAGUUGUUUAGCAGCGGAUUAUCAGUGCUUGCUCACUAAUAAACACAUUUUUACCAGAAUGUUUUCUAUGUAUAUUUAUGUAUGUAACUAAUCCAUAUAUCUUAUAGUACAUCGAGCUUGUAUACAUGCGACAAAUAAAAACUAAAGAAAUGUG